AUGGGCACAUAUCCCUACAUCCUGUCGCCGCAACAUCCACAUCAUCUCGCACUAUCUACACUGCCUCCCCCACCAUACCUAUCAGAUUUACCCAAAGAGAUCACAAUCCGCUCAUCCUUCGCAUACGUCGCCCAGCCCCCUUUGUAUAUCGGGAAAGUCGUCCGCAGACAACACCGAUUCAGUGUGUUCGCUCUGGUGCUGAUGCCGGGCCAGGACGCGGCCACCGUGGAGCUAGCAGCAAGGAGUUCCACUCUGACUGUGCAACUGCUGAAUGUCGACUCCACAGGCAGCUUGAAAGGGUCGUCGUCGCCCUGGUUGUGGAAUGCGCCGGUAGCGGGGAAGCGGGGGAGCUGGCGGAUUGCACAAGUGCAGUCGGAGUAUUUCGGUCGGCGGGAGAAUGGGUUGAGGAGGUCGAUGCAGUGGAGAUUGUCGUUGGAGGUUGAGGUGAGGUUGGUUGGUUGUGUGAUUGAUUGGUUGGGGGUGAGGCUUGGCAAUUGGAUUGUUGGGGAGGAGAAAGCGAUGGGGGCGAGUAUCGCGGAUAGUGAAAGAAAGAGGUAA